AUGGAAAUGCAAAAGCCCUUUAAGUUGUUUGUGCCUCCAAGACUAAGCAGCAGUCAGGUGUCAGCUGUGAAACCUCAGACCUCCGGUGGGGAGUCCAGUUUCUUCAAGAAUUUCAACAAAUGUAUUGAAGAUGAAUUUGGUUUUCCAUUUGCAAUGACCAGUAUCUCCAAAAAUGGGAAAAACAUUGAUUCAGAUCCUGCUUUACAAAAACUUAAUCUUUUGCCCAUACUGGAGAAGGUGGAUAAUUCUGGAAGUUGCCACUAUCAGGAAGGACUUAAAGACUCCGAUUUUGAGAAUUCAGAGCCAAUGAGCAGACUGUAUUCAAAAUUGUACAAAGAAGCUGAAAAAAUAAAAAAGUGGAAAGUGAAUAUAGAAUCAGAGUUGAAGCAGAAAGAAAUGAAAUUGCAAGAAAAUAGGAAGAUAAUUGAAGCACAGAGAAAAGCAAUUCAGGAACUACAGUUUGAAAAUGAAAAAGUAAGUUUGAAAUUAGAAGAAGAAAUUCAAGAAAAUAAAGAUUUAAUAAAAGAGAACUAUGCUACAAGGCAUUUAUGUAAUCUACUCAAAGAAACCUGUGGUAGAUCUUCAGAAAAGACAAAAAAAUAUGAAUAUGAACGGGAAGAAACCAGACAAGCUUAUAUGGAUCUAAAUAGCAACAUUGAGAAAAUGAUAAUAGCUUAUGAGGAGCUUCGUGUGCAAGUGGAGAAUUCCAGGAAGGAAAUGCAUUUGAAGUUAAAGGAAAAUUGUGAAAAGAUGAAACACCUUGAAGAAGAAUAUAAGAAGGAAGUAAAUGACAAAGAAAACCAGGUAUCACUACUAUUGAUCCAAAUUACUGAAAAAGAAAAGAAAAUCAAAGAUUUAACAUUUCUGCUGCAAGAAUCCAGAGAUAAAAUUAAUCAAUUAGAGGAACAGACAAGAUUACUGGAUGAAAAGCUAAAGGAAUCAAAUGAAAAGAAGCAUUAUUUGUCAUCAGAACUUGAAGAUACCAAAAUAUCUCUGCAAAGAAGUAUGACUUCUCAAAAGGCUUUAGAAGGAGAUUUACAGAUAGCAACAAAAACAAUACAUCAGCUUACUGAAGAAAAAGAAGCUCAGAUGGAAGAAUUUAAUAAAGCUAGAGCUGCUCAUUCAUUUUCAGUGACUGAACUUAAAAGUACGAUCUGCAAAUUGGAGGAAUUAUUGAGAACAGAACAACAAAGACUGGAAAAAAUUGAAGAUCAAAUGAAAAUACUUACCAAGGAGCAUCAGAAGAAAUCAAGCGAACUGGAAGAAAUGACUAAGUUUAAAGCUAACAAAGAAGUAGAAUUUGAAGAACUGAAAAAAGUAUUGGCCGAAGAUCAAAAGCUGUUAGAUGAAAAGAAACAAAUUGAGAAGAUUGCUGAAGAAUUAAAAGGAAACGAACAAGAACUUACUAGUCUGCUACAAACCAGAGAAAAAGAGAUACAUAAUUUGGAAAUACAGUUAGCUUCACUUGCAACAAGUGAGCAGCAUUGUUUAAAACAAGCUGAAGAUCUGAAAACUGAGCUUGAAAAAGAGAAACUUAAGAAUACUGAAUUAACUGCGAGCUACAGUAAGCUUUCAUUAGAAAACAAACAAAUUGCUCAAGAAGCAAGUGACAAGACCCUAGAGCUCAAGAGACAGCAAGAAGUUAUUAAUAAUGGCAAAAAGCAAGAAGAAGAAAUGUUGAAACAAAUAGAAAAUCUACAAGAAAAAGAAACACAAUUAAGGAAUGAACUGAAAUCUGUGAGAGAAGAGCUAAAACAGAAAGGAGAUGAAGUUAAGUGUCAAUUGGACAAGAGUGAAGAAAACUAUAACAAUUUAAGGAAACAAGUUGAAUCUAAAACAAAGUGUGUUGAAGAGCUCCAUCAGGAGAAUAAGACCUUGAAAAAAAAGAGUACAGCAGAAAGCAAGCAACUGAAUGUUUAUGAGAUAAAGAUCAGCAAGUUAGAGUUAGAAGUGGAAAGUUCAAAACAAAAAUUUGUAGAAAUGACUAACAAAUACCAAAAAGAAAUAGAAGACAAAAAGAAAUCAGAAGAAAAUCUUUUGGGAGAGGUUGAGAAGGCAAAAGUAACAGCUGCUGAAGCAGUAAAAUUACAGAAAGAAAUUGAUAUACGAUGUCAACAUAAAAUUGCGGAAAUGGUAGCACUUAUGGAAAAACAUAAACACCAGUAUGAUAAGAUGGUUGAAGAAAGAGACUCGGAAUUAGGACUAUAUAAAAGCAGAGAACAAGAACAGUCAUCAGUGAAGACAUCUUUGGAAAAUGAGCUGUCUAAUAUAAAAAAUGAGCUGCUGUCCAUGAAGAAGCAACUUGAAAUAGAAAGAGAAGAAAAAGAAAAACUGAAAAUAGAGGCCAAAGAGAAUAUAGUCACUCCAAAAGAAAAAGUAGACAAGAAAACACAGACAUAUGUACUGGAACAAGCUAAAGUUCCUUACCAGAAAUUUGAUUCUAAAACAACUCCACAAAAUAUAUCUCGAAAUUUCUCAUCAGUCGAUCAUGGCAAACCCAAAGAUAAAAGAGACUAUCUGUGGACUAAAGACAAUUUAUCUUCAUCAUUACCAAAGGUCUAUACAGUGAGGACCCCAACUAAAAUCAAGAAGCAUUCAAGACAAGAUAAGAAUAUACACAUUGAAGAAAAAAAUAAAAAGAGAAAAACAGUCUUUGACUUUGAUACUCAUUCAGACAGUUCAGAAAAUACUGAUCUCUUGAGCAUGGUUUCAGAAGAAGAGACAUUUAACAAACUAUAUGAUAACAAUCCACCACCUUCUCAUCUUUGUGUUAGAACACCGAAACAGACUCCCUCAUCUCUAACAACUCCUGGAUCUGUGAAGUAUGGAAGUCUGAGAAAAGUUCAAGAGAAUCGUUGGGCUAUAAUUAGUAAAAUGGAUAGGAAGAGAAAACAAAAGGAAGCAGAAAAAUUAUUUGUUUAA